UACAUCCGUCGCCUUAAUUUCCACCACUGCCGGCGGCCUGCCACUGACGUGGUUGUCAUGACAACGCGAUAUCAAUAAUGCCAAGCUCACGAUCGUGGUACCUUUAACUGCUUGGAUGGAACCAGAUGGAAUAGAGGCAGAAUAAUAGCCGCAAGCCGUACUUGUUUGGCUGCGCUUGGAGCCGCGGCAAAUGUAGUAAACUGAAAUUGUUGCUGCGCCUCGAACGAUCGAAGAAAACGAGUUCGUGAUUUGGUUUGAAAUACAGGUGUGUUGCAGACGCAAGGCGCUCCUGUCCUUCAGUGAUGGUGUACGGGAGCUACCUCGCUCCGGAAUACCGCGACUUUGCGACCAUCGAACGCAGAAAGCGUUCCGAAGAUUUGCGAAAAAAUGCGAUCUUUGACUCAAAAAAGCGCACAAUUGGCUUGGAUUUGCCGGGAAUAAAUCGGCAAGUCCAGUUGAAAAAAGAGCAACGCGAGCGCGACAAGCAGCGAGACGAAGCGUUUGAAAGAGCGGUGCUAAAGGCCGAUUAUCUGGCUCAGUUGAAAGAGCGUGACGAGUGCCGCUUGAAAAGAGCUUUGAAUGUUGAACAGAAUAUUUUCCGAUCGGAAUACCAACGCCCAGAGCAGGAACGAGAGUUCGACCUGAACGACCCGAAAUAUGUAUACAAAUUUAACAAUUUCGAAAAAACCACCGGCCCGCCAGACGGACCAUUCGCUCUGGGUAAGGAUGAGAGGCCAAUGAAGAUCGCCCACAAGAAGGCUGAGAUGGAGUGGGAGAAGCAACUGCGCGCGCAGCUGUCUGAGAACAAAGCUUCCAAAAGUCAGCAGGAGGUGGCGGACGGCGUCGAAGUGAGGCGCCAGCGAGAGCUGAACGCCAAAACUAUUGCGGCUGAGAAGGCGGAGGAUGAGUGCAGGAAGGCAGUGCGAAAGAUGACGUCGGAGAUCAACCAGGCGCUGGCGGUGGAGCAGAAGCAGACGGAGGCGGCGCAGCGGCAGGACGAGGCCGAGGACAACAUGGCGGAGAUCCGCAACACGCUCUAUGGUGACUUCCUCACCGAGACGCCGUAUGUUGGCAUCUCGUCGCUGGGCUCGCGACGCGUGCAGGUGGACCGCUACAAGGGGCUGCUGCCGGAGGAGCGCGCCCGGCUCAAGCUAGAGCAGCACCGCCAGAUGGAGGAGGACCGCCGGCGCCAUCAGCUGCAGCAGCAGGAGCAGCAGCGCUGGGAAGAGAAGGUGCUGGCCCAGGCGCGGCUGGGCAUGCUCAAAGACCGCCAGCAGGGCCGCGCCGAGCGACAGAUUCGAGAACAGAUGGCGAAGGAGAACAGGCUGCUCGCGCUGGAGCAGGAGAAAAAGAGGCAGAUGUUUGAUAAACAUGUGUACACCAACGUGCCAUCCGAGGCCUACUUCAGUCAGUUUAACACGAGCACGCGCUAAGCUUUGGUGGCGAUGCUCAGCGCACCUUUAGCUCGGCUCGAUGACGUGGGGAUUAAUCGGUUUGUCGAAAUAUUGCAGUCAUAUUGCCAUACAAGUGGACGAUCUUGGAUCGCAGUGCACGGGUGAGAAACAUUUUAUGUGAAAGGAAUUAGUGCCGAGCCUGUCUAGUGCUGUCUUACCUUGGCUGUUUUACGCUAAUGUGCACGUCGAAUGACUGGAGAAAAGUGAUUCGUGGGGUUGAAAACGUGCACAGAGUGCAGCUCGUCGUCAGUCGGCGCGACGCAAAGAAGUUGUCAUUUGCGAAUGUUUAGUUUCAUCGUCCAUUUUGUCCAUGGAAACAUCGCGCUUGACUCUGGCGAGUUACGACAGGCUUGGCCGUUUCUACCAUUAGACGAGCAAAAUAUUUUACCGUGAUAUGA